AGACCGUUUGACAGUUGCGGUUGGUUUGUUGACGUAGGAACGCGCACAUGUUGUAAAUUGUACCUUUUGCAAAAGAGAACGGUGCCGUGAACAACAUGGAGUACAUUAAUAAUGCUUCGACCGGAGCAAUUUCGUCCGGUUCCGGAGCGGUGAACAAAAUCCUGUGCUGCGAAUGUGGCGUCCCGAUCGAGCCGAAUGCCUCGAACAUGUGCGUACCGUGCCUUCGGUCGCACGUCGACAUCACGGAAAACAUUCCGAAGCAGGCGGUGAUAUUCUUCUGCCGGAACUGCGAGCGCUACCUGAACCCACCGAACGAAUGGGUCCAGUGCACGCUAGAAUCGAAGGAACUGCUCAGCCUCUGUCUGAAGCGCCUGCAGGGGCUGCGGCAGGUGAAGCUGGUCGAUGCGGGCUUCGUUUGGACGGAGCCCCAUUCGAAGCGCAUCAAGGUGAAGCUGACCGUGCACGGGGAGGUGAUGAGCGAUGUCGUUCUGCAGCAGGUGUUUGUCGUCGAGUUUACGGUCAACAAUCAGAUGUGCGACGAUUGCCACCGUACGGAGGCGAAGGACUUUUGGCGCUGUAUGGUGCAGGUCCGCCAGAAGGCGGUCAACCGGAAGACGCUGUUCUACCUCGAGCAGAUGAUACUGAAGCACAAGGCGCACGAGAACACGCUCGGCAUUAAGCCGAACACGGGUGGGUUGGACUUUUUCUACGCAACCGAUGCGCACGCCAGAAAGAUGGUCGAUUUCCUGCAAGCCGUGCUGCCGGUGAAAGUGACCAACUCGAAGAAGCUGAUUUCGCACGACAUCCACAGCAAUUCGUACAAUUACAAGUACUCGUACGCUAUCGACGUGGUGCCCGUGUCGAAGGGAAGUUUGGUGUGCUUGAGCAAGCGACUAACGCAGCAGCUGGGUCACAUUGCACCGGUUUGCUUGGUUUCCAAGGUGGCCAAUUCGAUUCACCUGAUCGAUCCACAGACGGCACAGAUGGCGGAAGUACAGAACAUGGCGUUCUGGAAGAGUCCGUUCGAAGCGAUCUGCAACCCAAAGCAGAUGGUCGAGUUUGUCGUGAUGGACGUGGAGAUCAUUCGGGAGAAUCAGCGGAAAACCUUCCCGGGCCAGGGCCCGGUAUCGCACCGUCACACGCUGGCCGACGUUUGGGUGGUGAAAUCUUCGGAGCUGGGCAUCAACGAAAAUACCAUCCACGUGAAGUCCCAUUUGGGGAAUCUGCUCAAACCGGGCGAUUACGUGCUGGGGUACGAUUUGCGCGAAGCGAACGUAAACAAUGCCGAUUACGAGAAGCUGAAUGCGGACACGGUGCCUGAUGUGCUGCUGAUCAAGAAGUCGUACGAUAAGACCGUGCGCAAGCAGUCGCGUAACUGGAAGCUGAAGCAUCUGAACGAGGAAAUUGUGGUCGAUACGGACAUCGAGAACGAGUACAACGAGUUCCUGGAGGACCUGGAGGAGGAUCCGGAACUGCGGCAGAAUGUGAACAUCUUCAAGGACAAGAACAAGCAGCAGAUACCGGUCGAUACGAACGAUAUGGACGAUCCGUCCGUACCGCGCAUCACGCUCGAGGAGAUGCUGGACGAUCUGGUGCUGGAAGACGAGGAGAUGGGCGAUGCAUCUUGAGUGGAUGGGUCCGGUGCAUUUGUUUUGCAUUCAAUAUACAAAUAAAUGUUAAUUCAACCACUAUUUCACUAUA